UGAGGUGUUGGAUUCUGCAGUCUGCUUGCAGAGAGAGAGAGCAUCUUAAAGAAACACCCACCCACCACCUUCUCCCGGUACUUUUUUUCUACUCCACCUUGGCGCUUAUAUCGGGGAAGUUUGAUUAUUUUCGUGAAACAAAGUAGUUUUCGUAUGGUUGUAUGAGUGUGGUCCAAUUAUAAUUAGGGUGGUUUAUAGGUUAGCCCAGUAGUUGUAGUAAUGAAUGGAUGACCAACGGUUGGAGGAGGGCGACAAUAUGCAUUAACUCUUGGUGGGUGUAGGGAGAGAGAGAGAGAGAGAGAGAGAGAGAGAGACCAGCCAGUCGCCAGAGAAGAAUGGAGAAUGCUCUACGAACACUCUCCAUCGCUUGAGGGAAUAGAGGAAGAAAGGAUGAGAUAAAGACAAUUCUUCUUCACGUUGCGACUUUUGCUAUCGAACUUGAUUGCCGGGGUUUUACACAUCUCAGUGAAAACAAUUCGGAGAAUGCGCUUAGGGGCAUGGAUACCCACGCGUCACUAGGAUUUUUGUUUCCAGAUAAAAGGAUUGAAGAAGAAUAACCAAAGCUCCCUUUUCUCCCUAAAUCUGUUUCAUCGGAAAAUUGUAAAGGUGGAGCGAUCAGGAAAGGCCGAUGACGGACCUAUUAAUCCAGUCAGUGCAUCAGAAGCACCAAAAGGUUCUGGAAACGUUUGGAUGGAAAUCGGGCGAAUGUUUAGACUUGCUUUUGGUUUUAUAUGAAACUGGUGACUAGUAGUUGCGAUUUUUCUCUCUCUGGAAUUUUCAUCUUCUCAUUCAAGAAAUUAUAGUGAAGACAUUUGCCGGGUUAUCAAUUGUAUUUUAAUUUAAUUUUAGGAAAGGUGGAAUGGUAUUGCGGUACGCUGUCCAUUUCGCAAUUCCCUUAAAUCUCAAUCGUUUCCUCUUGAAGUAUUCCUUAAUCUAAAUGGAAUUAGUUGAGCUUGAAGCCCCUUGUGAAAGGUACAGACAUGGUACAUGGGCACAGCCUCCUUCACGUUGUUGCAAGUCUACUCAUACUUGGGUUGUCUGGGGCAACAAAGAAGGAAGCAGUGAAAAACAAUUCAGGAGUGAAGCCUGCAGGACAAUGUGGCACCUGGGUGAAAGAAGGAGACGGGGGACUGUUCACAUCUCCCAACUACCCCAGCAAAUACCCCCCAGAAGUAGAGUGUGUUUACAUUAUUGAAGCUCCUCCGAGGCUGUGUAUUGUUCUGUUCUUUGAUGAGAGGUAUUCUAUAGAGCCUUCAUGGGAAUGUAAAUUUGACAACAUUGAGGUGCGAGAUGGCCCCUUUGGCUUCUCCCCAAUAAUCGGGCGCUACUGUGGCCAGACCAUCCCUCCCUUCAUCAGGAGCAGCGGACGUUACCUCUGGAUAAAAUUUGUUUCUGACGGCGAACUGGAGGCGAUUGGAUUUUCAGCCAACUACAACUUCACUGCAGAUCCGGACUUUGGAGACUUGGGAGUGCCCCAGCCUCUGCCCUUCUGUGAGUUUGACAUGGGAGGACCAGAGGGGAUAGUGGAGUCUCAUCAGAUCACGAGAGAUGGAAAGGCCUUAGCUACAGAGGCUGUGGACUGCAAAUGGUUCAUCCGCGCUCCGCCACGCUCCAAGAUCUACCUGCGUUUCCUGGACUAUGAGAUGCAGAACAGUAAUGAGUGUAAGCGUAACUUUGUGGCGGUGUACGACGGCAGUGCGUCCGUAGAGGACCUGAAGAACAAGUUCUGCUCUACGGUGGCCAACGACGUGAUGCUGGUGUCCACCACGGGGGUGAUCAGGAUGUGGGCCGACCAGGGCAGCCGCCGGAGCCGCUUUAGAAUACUCUUCACCACCUUCCAAGAACCUCCGUGCGAGGCAGAUGCCUUCUUCUGUCACAGUAACAUGUGCAUCAACAACACCCUGGUGUGUAACGGCAUUCAGAACUGUGUCUACCCCUGGGACGAGAAUCACUGCAAAGAGAAGAGGAAAGCCAACAUCCUGGACAACCUGAACAACACCAACGGCACCAUCAUUGGCGUCACCUGUUGCAUCGUCCUCAUCCUCCUCAUCGUGUCUGUCAUCGUUCAGAUCAAACAGCCCAGGAAGAAGUACAUCCUCCGGCGCGAGGACUUCGACCCCACCAUGUUCCAGGAGGUCUUCGAGCCGCCGCACUACGAGCUCUGCACGCUACGCAGCGCAACGCACGCCACCGCCGCCUCCGCAGACCUAGUCGACCUGGCGGAGGAUUUCGAGAACUACCACGCGCUCCGCCGCUCAUCCUCACGCUGCGUCCAUGACCAUCACUGUGGCUUCGCCUCCAACCCAGGCUCCGCCCACCUGUCCCAGCUGUCACUCAGUGGCCGGGGUAGCCGCGGCAACCUGAGCACGCGCGAGGCCCUCCUCACGGACCUUCCACCACAGCCAGUACGGCCACUGCUGCCCAGCAUUGCCCCCGGGAACCGGCGCAGCAUACUGGUGAUGAAGCACAGCUACUCACAGGAAGCGGCCGACAACGGGUGCGACCUCGAUGACGACCUGGAAGAGGUUCCCACAACGAGCCACCGACUGUCGCGUCACGAGAAGGCAGUCCAGCGACUUCUUGAGAAUAGUGCAAUCCUGGAUCAGUUCGAACGGGCUUCAAAGAAAUAUGAAAAUACGGACCGGAGAUUCACAUCAGCAUAAUGGCGAUGGUGAUGAAGGACUUACGGAAAUAGAGAGUAUGAAAUAUGUAACAAACUGGAAGAAAGUAGCUACAAUGAUAAAAACAAUUGCCUGUAUAUAGACUGGCUUAAAAUAAUUGAAACUUGAAUUUAAGUAGGCUACUACUCUGACCCAAUAUUGUCACUUCAGAUUUUGUAAUCUUAUUGACUGGACAUUAAGAAGGUACAUUAUUAUCAAAGAAAACAUUUUGGAUGAAUAUCUACAUUGUGAGAGGCAAGUUUGUUGCUUAAAUUCAUCAAAGGACUAUUGUGAUCAGAAAACCUUCCUCAGUUCAAUGUUUAGAGCAUGUGAUUUUGUAGGAUUUUUGCAGCAUAUUAUAAAUGAUAUUUUGAGGUAUCAAUGCUUGCAAUUUUUCAAUUUGAGGAAAGAUGUAACAUUUAUCAGUAAUAAUUAGGUGAUAAGGCCUACUCAGUAACAAACCCCAGUGUAAUUACCCCUCUCUGAAUAAGAAAAAAUAAAUAUUAUAUUAUAAUUGAAAAUGCUAUGGUAUGACUUGUGCAUGCUUUUUAUAUCCAUUAAAACAUUAACAAACUAACAUCUAGAUUGAAAGUUAAAUCAUCCACUAAUACAAUCUCAAUUAUAAAUAAGUUCACUAUAACAUAAACAAAGGAAAUCUAUCCAUACAAUUAUUAUGAGUGGUAUUAAUUGAUUGCAUGCUAAUUAAACUAAAUUAAAAGGCAAAUGUCAAUGCAAAACUAAUCUUUGACAUUUCCAUUUUCAAAUUUUAAUUCCUCACUGGGUUUUUUUUCUUCAGUGUGGUUGUUUAUUAUUUGACAAAAACAAUGUAAUUUCAAUUGAUUUGUCACACCCUCUCUUUUAGUAGCCUGUAAUCUUUGUACUCAGACUUUUCUACUUGGGGUAUUUGAAAAGAGGAGAGUUUUUAAAGACGUAAAUAAUACCUUUCAGGGCUGAUUUUAUGAAUGCUUUGUAAGAAAAUUAACAAUAAAGCUUAAUAAUUUUUAUUUUAAGGUUUUAUCUAAUUAUUUUUGUCAUGUGUUUCCCCAGUCCUUAUUGUUCAAAUGAAAUGAAAGGAAAUUAAUUUGGUUGCAAGUAACAUGCUAUAAAAGCACAUUUUACAAAAUAUGAAUGCAAACACACACACACACACACACACACACUCACAAAUGCACACCAUUAAGACACACCGUUUAGCGACACUAGGACUAUACUAAAUCAAAACAUUUUGAUCUCCACUCAAAUGUAAUGUAAUGUAAUUCCUGUCCACACUCACAUGAACAUUAUCAGGGAGUUGUUACAGUGUUGACUAUAGGAUUGAUGUUAUUGCCUGCAUGGUUUGUCUACACUACAUCAUUGCAACUAUGCUGACGCCUUCAGUAUCCCAACAAUAAAUCAAUCUUUAGUUUAAUUUGA